CAGGAGGCAGAGGGAGCCCAGCAUGUACAAGAGGCUCUCCUCCCACAUCUCUUCCAUCGACCUUCCUGACCUUCCUGACUUGCCGGAUGCCUUCCGUGAGACAGCCUCGCGCGUUGAGUCUGCCCUCCAGCAUGCCCGCAGCUCCUAUGAAAGCCACACACGCAAGGAAAAGACUGAGAAGAAGGGGAGUGAGAAGUCUGACUCCAAGGAGGAGGCAGAAGCAGAAGAGGAAAGGGGGGAAGGGGAGACCUUGGAGGACAAAGAUUCAGAGGAGGACCUAAGGUAGCAAGAGAGUGAGGCAAGGGCAGAUGCAUGGCAGCCUCCUUGACAGAAAAUGCUGCUAUCAAAGACUGUGUUUUUUCAUCUUAGGAUAUGGGAGUUAAAGAAAAGAAAACUAAAGAGAGAACAAGAUUUUUUUUUCUUUUGGUGAAAUUAGGGCUCCUGAGAAAGUAUAGUGAAAGAUGUAGAUUGCAGAAUCUAUGAAGUUUUUGUUUUUCUGUUAGCAAUUAUGCUCAUGUUUUUUCUUUUUUCUUUCUUUCUUUUUUUUCUUUUUUUUCUUAAGGAAGAUGUAGUUCUACUUAUUCUUUAGAGAUUAGAGACCCAGUACAUGAGCUUUCUAACAUUAUUCACAUGCUACACUGGAAGUCAUAAGCUUUCUAACAUUAUUCAAUUACUGCACUGGAAGUCUCCUCAUGAUAGUUGUUCAUUUAAAGAAUUUUGGUGUAUCAAAGAAUUUUAUUUAUUCAUGCUGAAAAAAUAUUUUUGAUGGUGCUGUGCAGUUCUCAUGUUUCCUUUAUCCAAGGAAUUGAGUUUGACAUAUAUGUAACAUCAGGCAAAUGGAAAUUAGACAUGUAUUUAGGUUUUCUUUACUUUUAUCUAGUCAUUCCUGAUACUUGUAUAAGGGAAAACAACAUAACCUACUUAAUUAUGGUUGUACAUUGGAAUAAUUUUUUUCUCUCUCCCUUUUCUUAUAUUAUAACAAAUUGGUGAAGACCUUUUAAUGAUUCACUUAUUAAUCUUGAUUUCUUACAAAUCUAAUUCUGUUUAUAGUAAACUUACUUCAGUACAUUGUGCCUGAUAGUACUGCUCUUGUUAAAAUGCCUAGUGCACUUUUCCAUACAGUGGUAUGAGUGCAGUACAUUUCAGAGGGGAAGGAAGAUACUAAACAUAUAGAUAUUACAAAUAACAAGACUUCAAGAACAUGAUGUGUAUAGACCUGAGGUGGUAUUUUCAUGAGUUUUAUUGUUGAAACGUAGCCUAGUAUUUAUUAUAGUAUUUAUUAAUUAAUUUAUUUAUUUAUGUUUUUUGAUAUUCUUAAACCUAGUAGCUAGAUUUAUUUGUGCCUGAAUUAUAUUUCUUAUGUGGAUACAACUACAUUCUCCAAAUUAACUUCACAGAAAUGGAAUUACAAGCUGUAUAAAGCCAUGUGUUUUUAUUGUUAUUUGAAAUACAUCCUGUGGAAAUGUCAGUGAGAAAGUAAUAACUUGUCUAAUAGUAGAAAAAAACCAUAAUGCACAAACCAGAUUUAUUGAAGAAAGUGAGAUAGCAGUUUUGGAAUUGUCCUCGAUGCCAUCUUCAGACCCCAAGAUGGAAUCGAGGACAAUUUUGAAACUGUUGUCUCAUUUUCUUCAAUAAAUCUAGUUUGCGCAUUGCAGGUUUUUCUACCAUGGUAUCAACAUGGCAGAGUGUUUUUCCAUUCAACUUGUCUAAUCUGUUUCUGUC